AUGGAAGCUCUUGGAAGAAUGUUAGAUAAAGCUGUUCAUGAAGGUCGCAUGUCGGGUUUCAGUGUGGGUAACUUGGAGGGAAGAUCCAAGGCGGUGUCUCAUCUCCUUUUUGCGGAUGACACUCUAAUCUUUUGUGAGGCUGAUUUAGAUCAAAUUUUGAUUCUUCGUAUGAUUCUUAUCUGGUUUGAGGCGGUGUCAAGCCUAAAGAUUAACCUAGGCAAGUCAGAAUUGGUUCCAGUUGGGGUAGUCAAUCAUAUAGACCUUUUCUUGGUUGUUCUUGGCUGCAAGCAGGGCUCUCUCCCAAUGAAAUAUCUUGGUCUUCCUUUGGGUGCUAAAUUCAAGGAUAAGACUAUUUGGAAUCCAAUUCUGGAGAAAAUGGAGAGGAGAUUGGCGGGUUGGAAACGCUUAUAUUUAUCCAAGGGAGGGAUAAGGAAGAUUAGACUCUUCAAUGAAGCUUUGCUUGGGAAGUGGCUUUGGAGAUUCGGGAUUGAGGAAGAUGCCCUUUGGAGGCAAGUGAUAGAGAUAAAAUAUGGAUGUAUGUGGGGGGGCUGGUGUACCAGAGCUGUGAUUGGCCCUUAUGGUGUUGGUUUAUGGAAAAAUAUCCAUCAGGGAUGGCCUUCCUUCUCUCACCAUAUUCUAUAUGAUAUUGGUGAUGGGUCUAGAGUGAAGUUUUGGCAGGAUUGGUGGUGUGGAGAGACUUCUCUUGCUGUUAGAUAUUCGGACUUGUUCAGAUUUUGCAAGAAUAAGGAUGCCAGUGUGGCUGAGCUUAUGAUGUCCACCAAUGGUGUCCGCUUUUGGGAUGUGAGAUUCGUUAGGGGUGUGCAUGCUCGGGAUCUAGAGGCUAUGUCUGAUUUCUUGGAAACCAUUUAUGGUUCUUCUAUAAGGGGGCUAGGUGAGGAUAAAAUGUGUUGGAUUCCUAGCAAAGUUAAGGGUUUCUUGAAUUUGGUUGCUGCUAUUCCCUUGCUGAGUUUCCUCACUCAACCAUAA